AUGGCGUUCUUAACAAAACAAGGACUUUCAAAGCUCCGAAUAAUUUCCAUCAUUCUUCUAUCAGUUGCUUUCAUUUUCCAGAUAGCUGCAGUUGCAGCAAACAAAUGGAGUGAAAUAGACUCGGAAUACCAUGGUCUCUCUAUUAAGGCCUACCAGAGCCUUUGGACAGAACACAUUAUAAAAGAUACACCGUCAGCCUAUCCUAAACCUAAAAACAUGGAAGUGGAAUGGAAGAAGGAUUUGCAGAUCAUAGAAAUCAUGUGUAUCGUACUUGGACUGACGUCGCUCACAGUACUGUUGGCAGUCUCCGUGGUUACCAUGGUAGCUACAAGAAUCAUUUUAGCAGGAAUAUUUCGGGCUCUGGCAAUCAUAACGACUAUUGUGACAAGUUUAUUGAUAAUUAUCGGUGCCUUGUUGUACAACUACCAGAAAGUGAAGAUGUUUUCUUUCAAUGCUCGGAACCCCGCCAGUAACUACCCGAUACAGGACGAAAAGGUGUCUUACGGCUUUAUUCUAUCAGUGGUCAGCAGUGUCCUGCUAUCUACAUCAGCUGUGAUAGAAAUAAGUCAGCUGAUCAUCGCUGAUAGUAUGGCUUCCAGUCACAGAGGGAUACAACCACUGAACAACCUAGACAAGAAGCCUGAAGACAAACAUUAA